UCUCUCCACCAGCCAGGCUAAAAACAAUUGUACGAGAGUAGGAAGUAGGUGUGUGUGUACAGAUUUACGUUGCGGUGUUUUGGAUCCUGGAGCUCCCUUCCCGUUUUGUGCGGGAUGGCUAGUGGUGCAGCUGGUGCUCAUGAGGACGUCCUUCGGAUCCGACAGAUUUAGUCGCUGUUUGAAUGCGGCUGGAGCUGCGUAACUCGCAAAUCCACGCUCUCUCCGAUAUCUUCGUCGUUGGAAUUUUCGAGGUUCUUCGAUGGGAUGUAAUUUCGGAGGUUGUGAUUUGAUUUCUUUCUCCCCUCCCCCUUCUUGUCUGUUACAUUGUUAUGCAGCAUUGAGGCGCAUUAAAAGGCGGAGGGUUGGACGCGAGCUUGAUUCCCCCGCUCUCCUUUCUCGGAUUUGGUUUGAGAUGAAGGGGCCGGUGUGGUCUUAAUCUGGAAACGGGGCUUUUAUUAGAGGCAUUGGAGGGGGAACGAAGAAGGCCCAUGUUUUCCUCCCUACUUUUGUGCGUUAUGUGCAAGAAUUCAUGAUGCUGCUCCCUUCCUCGUUUUGUCACAAGAUAAUAUGACUUCAUUCGGGCGGGGAAUGCUCGUGCUGGAUAGUCCCCCUUCUUGGACUCUUAGUUCAGUGUAAACUAGCGUCCGAGCUAGAGUGAACCAGCCUGAGGGAACUCGACGCACUGAUCACUCUCAGAGGAGUUUCGUCCAUGUGACUAGUAGCUUUCAAUCUCGUCAUGUUGCAUUUCAGACUUUGCGAAGCGAAGUCCAUGAAUAUCUCGAGUAGCUGAGGAUUGGCUCGAAUUGCUUGUGAUUAUUCCCCUCCUCGGUCGACACCAAUAUCUUCUAGGCAAUGUCGUUGCUUGAUUUUGAAGGAAAGGCAAUCUGCCAGGACGAUUUAGGCAGAGUCGAAGUAGAGGAGUGAUGCUGCGUAUUGCCAGAGGAUAUGUAUGGUACAUUACGGUUCAGGUGUCUCGGCUGCGACGCCCUGCUGAAUGACAUAUUGAGCUCAGACAUCGUGCACGCCAAUUUAGAGUUCGAGUCCAUGAAGACACGAGUGGGCGAACAGGUUCUUUCAUUCGGCUUUUUACAUACCACUUCUUCAUACCAUCUACGCCGAUGUUGGACUGUCUGGACCGAGUAAUCGUCAGAGGGGCAGGCUUAUCUUGCGGACGCCGUUUCUGAUGGGCUCAAAAGAUUUCACAUUACUCUCUGAGUUUGUGUAUUGUCUUUGUGCUAUUCUACGACACUUUCAUUCUCCUUCCUUCAUUCCUCUCACAGGAAUACUCAGUUCAUGAUCUUGGCAAGCAGGCAUUUCUUUGGUAUUCAGACCAUGGGCAGAAAGUUUCCUUCAAUAAGUUUACCUUCGAUCAACCGACGGUGUCGGCGGCAGCUUUUUCCCUUGUGAGGAUAUUUGAUGCUGUAUAUUGAACGAUCUGCGACUGAGUUCAAUGCUACAUUUACGAGAAUUGUAAAGGGAAUGUGCAAGACUCUGGAGACUCGAUCUGCUUUCGCACCUGAUACGCCUGAACUACAGUCGCCGGAGAACCGAAUGAAUCGACUCGUUCGAUUUAAUUUUUGUUUUUCUUUGCAAUGAGCACAUUCCGAGGAGGUGAAGGUCCUUCCUUUUCAGCCAUGGAGGAUACGGAGUCUAACGAAAUGCCUAGUACUGCACAACCGCAAGAUGAUUUCCAUUCGGACAUAGCUGCCUCUAUCUUCGCCCUCGCGCCCCAUCCUAACAAUUACAUGAUGAAGUUUUUAUCCGACGCAAACGGUGAUCAGCUGCCAAUUCUUGGAGAGUAUUUAGGCGUAGCACUUGCGUUUGCAGCACUUGGGGCGCUAAUCCGUGAAAACACUGGGAUACCUGACGCGAAGCUCAGUCCCAAACUUCAAAGACUCGGAUUGCAAGUCAUGUUGAAGAGUGCUAUGGACCGAUUGCAAGUGCUAGCUCUAAAUGCGCAGGACUUAGAGGAAAAGGUGAAAGAGGGCAAGGAAUCAACUUGCAGAGACGCUGACGCGUGGGAGUUUGAAAGAAGUGCUCUUGAACAGAAGCUAUCUGUUGCCGAAGCGCAAAUUGCUGACGUGGAAAAAAGUCGGCAGGAGGACGCACGGACCAGCAGAGUUAUGGGGAUCUUUUCCUCGCACGAGCAGAGUUGGAAAAUCGAGAAGAAUCAAUUAAAUCGUGAGAUAAAGCUUCUCAAGGAUGAAAUUGUUAGCUUACGUGACGGAAACCUGCUGGGAAGUGGUGAUGGGGAAAAAGAAUAUGAAGAGUGCAAAGAAAAAUCUAAAGAACUUGAGAAGCUUGGAGAAAAGCAGUCCGAGAAGGAAUUUCUCAUGACUGCGGCAAUGGACGAAUCGCGGGCCGAUCAGCACGAUUGUAUCCAGAUAUCUGGAAAGCUGGCUAUGUUAGAGUUGUGUGUGUCAGAUCUAAAGGGCAAACUUUCAAAGGAGAUGGCCAGAAAUGCUGAACUUCAGGAAGUGAUCGCGGAUGUCAAAAGGAAGCACGAAGAGGCUGAGAUCAACCUGAUGUGUGCAAAGUCGGAUCAUGAUAGAGCGAGAAGUGAGAUAGAAUCUAUAUCUGCAGCAAAGUUGAAUCAGAAUGCCAUAAUUGAGGAACUUUUGGAGAGCCUUACGUGUCUUCAAAAGGAAGUCAAUGAUAAAGAGGAAGUGAUUGCAGUGCUAAUGAAGAGAACUAAUACCGAUCGAAGAGAGAAGGAGGAGCUGUUACGUGAACUCUCGCAUGCUAAAGCUAAACGAAAAUCCGCAGAUACUGAGAAAGAUAGGUGGAAGAGACUGGCAGAAGAACGUGCGCGCAUCGUUCCUGCAGGAAGAGAUGCACAUAAAGGAAAGCGCAAAUCGGGUAGCAAACCUGAAUUAGACAAGCUUGCUGAAAUGCAAAGAAUUCAUAAUGAGGAGUUUCAUGGCCUCCGAUCUAUGUACAUGACCAAGCUGGAGUCGCUCCAAGGACAACUACAAAAUUAUGAAAUGAAAGUGGCAGCGCUGGAAGAGAGAGUUCGUAGUGCGCAGGAUCAGAAGAGGAAAUCUAAGCAUGAAGAACGAAGCUCAGCGGGUAACAACGCAGUAGAGAAUGUUAAAUUUCACGAGCUGGUAACUCUUUUGGAGUCUGUAGCGCCUGACGAGGACGUGAUGCACCGUGAUGGCGUGGAUUCUGAAAUACAAGAGGUUCCUAUGACUGUUUUAGCACUAAAAGAAUGGAUCAAAAAGUGGCUUGAGGCUGUUAAAAGACACCAUACUCAACAUCUUGAGAAGUGGCAUCGCCGAGAAAUUGAUGCUUUUGAAAGACAGACGAGGCUCAAAGACGAGAGGUUAGAAUCUUUUCGUCGGCAGUUGCUGAACAUGGAGUCUGAAAUCAGCAAGUUGAGAUCAGAGCUCCCGAUUCUGAGAAGCAAGUUAGCAGAGGCCGUGGAUGAGAAGGGCAGAGCAGAGAGUGCUGUUGAAUUGAAGGAAAAGGAGUUACGUGCAUUGAUGAAAACCAUGUUGCAGAACAGCGAAGCCGUAUCUAGUCCUGAUUCCGGUUUGGACACGCUUAGCUACCAUGAAGCCCAGCAGAAAGUACUCAUCUUAUUACAGAAGGAUCUCAACGAUGCCAAAAAAAAAUUAGAUGAGAUUGAGCUUGAGCAUCAAAGGAAUCUUUCGAAGGUUGCAGAAGAUUAUGAAGCGGAGCUCAAACAGAAGGACCUCCAGGUGGCUGUUCUAGAAGCUAAACUAUGCCAGAUAAGAAUUCAGAUAGAUAAUGAGAAACGGUUGAGUCCCAAGAGAACCCCUGAAGCUUCUCCACAAGAGGAUGUCCCCGAUAAAGUGUACAAGAUUGCAGUCAUUGGAGCCCAAGAGAUGGAUAUCAAGAACGCGAUAAGUACUGCCUGCUGUGAAGUUGAGAAACUUGCUGAUAAGAUUGCUGAGGUGCGAAAACAAAUGAUGGAAUCAGAUGAGUAUGAUAGUGGUCUAGAGGAACUCAUGGACCAAGCCACAGCAGUUUCGAACUCAGGUAAAAAGCUAUCUUUGCUGAGAAAUGCAAUUUCUGUAGAGGAGCUCAAUAACACCAAGAUCACUCUAUUCAAAGAUCAUCAGACAACCUCUUCACAGCUUGAAGCUGUUAGCGAAGCUCUUCAGGAACUCCCAAGUGAUAAUCUAGCACCAGCUAUGGAACAAGAUAUCCUCGAACAACCGGCUGUUCAUACCGAAGGAGCAUCGACCUCAGGUAUCUAUUCAGGGGCUCAAUGGGGAGGGAUGUCAGAGGAGUGCAUCACGUCAGCCUUAGACACUGAACCUGAAGUCAAUUCAAGAAGGGCACAAGAUGGGUAUGUGAUCUUGCAUAAUCAAACAGUUUCUAAUUCGGAGCACAUCAUAGAAGAGGGAGAGACCAUAUGCACAGGAGCGUCCAGUUUGAGCACAGAGAGUUCUAGGAAAAGGGAAAGGAGGAAAACGCUCAAGGAGUACUUCCUCGACUCACCUCCAGAGCUUGUGGUGAGCAACGAGAUUCAAGUGCUACCCGUGGAUUUGACGCAGUCCGAAAAGAAGGAUGCCUUGAGUUUUUCAAGUCAGGACGUUCCUCAGAUCAGAAAGAAAAAGCCUCUCUCUGUUAUUACUCCUUCUCAGGAAAAUAUUGCAGCCCAAAAUUUGGCCACCCCUUCGAAAGCUGCAACUCCCCUCUUUGAUCGGAUCAAGAGCAGAAGGAGGGAGUUCAACAAAACAAGGGAGGAUAUUCAAGUCUUGGGUCUGGCAUUGGAGGUGAGAAAAAUUGAAGAACAAAUAUUCCUAAUUGAUAAAAGGUGUGCAAGUCCAGCAACCCCCAAAAUUUCACCUAAGAGGCACAACAAGCGAUACACAACACUCACCGGAAAAGUUGGCCAACUCGCCAAACAAAUGGGCUUGACUUCAGAGAAAACCCCUGAGGUAGUAACUGACAAUCCCCUUUUCAACAAAAGACCACCCACAUCUGAGCUUCUCAGCUUGCAGCAGCGUGCAGAGGCUGUAACUCGCAGCCUAGCAUCAAUUGAAGCCCAAGUGGCCAUAUCUCCAGUUGAUGCAUCAUCUACAGUUCAACAUACUGGGUAUUCAAAAGAGCGUUUGGUUGAUACUGUCAAGACUCAUCUAACUCAAGUGCAAAGAAGUUUAAAUUCGAGAUUAGCGCCCCUGACUUCUCGACAGCCAUCCUUCAUACAAACUGUCUCAACACCCCUGAAGGAGAGAAUGUAAUCUCAUUGAAAGUCUGGUUGUGCUGCAUCCAAAUGCCAGCCGUGGAGUGUACCUCCAGACCAGACUGCUAACAAAUUCAUCUGGAUCGAGGGCCCAUGUGUAGGCAUGCAGAGAUUUGUGAUCGGUCAAGGUUCUUCCCCACAUUUUUGAAGGUCUCUCCUAAUUUUAAGUGAUUGGGAGAAGCUGUAUGAGCGCAGUUUAAAGCUUAGGCGCAAUUGCAUUUGCUAUGAAGACUCGGGCAGAGUCAACCAAGCUCCCCCCAGAGAAUAUAGCUACUUCCAUCUCCAAAUUCAACACAUCACCAAUCAAUAAGUGAACGGGAUAACAAGCACCUCUGCAAGAAUUCUAUUCGUUUGGAAACCUCGAAACUAAUCUUACCAUGUAGGAACCUUUUUUAAAAAAACCAUUCUGGAAGCUCGGAAAGGGGAACUUCAGACAUCGCAUCUUUCUCUCUCCUUCAGAUGUCACUGUUAUUCUACAUCCUCACGAGGCUUUUGCUUGCAAGCAGCGAUAGCGACAAAGAGUAGCUCGAUUGAAACCCAUUCAUUAUGUACAUAGAAGAUUCAUGCCCAAUAAUAGCAGAGAACACAUCAUAGACAGGUUGCAGUAGCUAGAAAAUAUUGUUCCGAUUUUUAUCGUCAUUGCAGUUGACAGAUCUAGAUCCUGUGAAUCAUUCCGCAGGUGUAUCCCCACGUCCAUGUAAAAUAUUUCUCCUUGAUAUCAGGGAGAACAAAUUUUGGAA